AUGAAGCCUCAAAAGAAAUUAAAAAAAAACGAAGUGUCUGAACAACCUCCUGAAAACGAAUUAGAUAAGCGCAUAUUUAUAAAGUUAAAGAAUCCUGAAGGUGAGGAAAUUGGUGACAAACUAGAUCUUCCCAUUUUAACUAAAACUUCGGAACUGGAAUAAAUAGUGAAUUCAUUUUUAGAAAAUGACGAGCCAUAACUAUAUUCAUUUUAUUACGAAACCUAAGAAAUAAAAACAUCUUUAUCUGAAUUUUUGAAGAAGUUAAAAAAUUAUACAACAGAAACCAUACUUCCAAUAACAUUUCACCCAUAAUCAUUAUUCUAUGUCCGUCCAAUUACGCGCUAAGCCAGUUCUCUUCCAGGCCACACUGAUAGUGUGUUAUGUAUAUAGUUUUCUCCAGAUGGGUAAAAUUUAGCAAGUGGAUCAGGAGAUACAACAGUUCGAUUUUGGGAUGUAAAUACCGAAUUGCCAAAAAACACAUUGGAAUAACAAGAAGAAUAGAAAAAACAAGGUCAUAGAAAUUGGGUGUUAGUAAUGUAAUGGAGCCCUAAUGGUAAACUUUUAGCAACAGGAGAUUUAAAUGGCGACAUAUGUAUAUGGGAUGGGGAAAGUGGGACUUAAAUGGGCCUUACUUUAAAAGGACAUUAGAAAUGGGUAACUUCCUUAUCAUGGGAACCUUUACAUAAAAACGCAAAAUGUUCAAGACUAGUAAGCUGUUCUAAAGAUAUGAGUAUUAGAAUUUGGGAUGCUUUAACAUUUUCCUGUAUUAUUUGCUUCGGAGGUCAUACUAAAGCUAUUACUAAGGUUAUCUGGGGAGGUUAGGACCUUAUUUAUACUUCUAGUGAAGAUACAACAAUAAAAGUUUGGUAAACUGACGGAAGUUAUAAAAGAGAUUUAAAAGGACAUGCCCAUUGGGUAAAUACAAUAUGUGUUCAUACUGAAAAUGCAUUAAGAACUGGUUAUUUUGAUGAAAAAGGAGAAAUUUUAUAAAGUGAAUAAGAAUAACAGAAUAAAGCAUUAGAAAAAUAUAAUAAAUUAAAGGGAAAUAAAAAUGAAAGGCUUAUCUCAGGUAGUGAUGAUAAUACUCUUUUCCUUUGGGAUCCUAUAGCAAGUAGUAAGCCUGUUUUUAGAAUGACUGGGCACACAAAACCUGUUAACCAUUCUCAGUUUUCUCCUGAUGGAAGAUUUGUUAUUUCUGCUUCUUUUGAUAAGAGUCUUAAAUUAUGGGACGGAUACACAGGAGCCUUUAUUGCACAUUUUAGAGGACAUGUUAAUAGUGUAUAUUAGAUUGCUUGGGCUGCUGAUAGCAGACUUUUUGUAAGUGGAUCUAAAGAUUCUACUAUGAAAGUUUGGGAUAUUAAAACCAAAAAGUUAAUGUUCGAUCUUCCAGGACAUGCAGAUGAAGUAUAUGCUAUAGAUUGGAGUCCUGAUGGCUAAAAGGUUUGCUCAGGUGGAAAAGAUAGAUUACUUAAAAUUUGGAAGAAUUGA